AUGUCCUCUCUUUUUCUCCCUGGCCAGCCCCUCCUCCCCCCCACUGCACCGCUGCCCCAGCUUGGCCCCGGCGUCUACGAGAGGCACGGCGUCGUCCGCGCAAGUCUCCUCGGCCCCUCUCGUCUCGACGGUUCCACCCUAACUGUGCCCCGGGUCCAGCCCCAUACCCCAAUCCCGGGGUCCAUUGUCAUUGGUUGCGUAACGCGUCUGUCUCCCCUGCAGGCCCUCAUCUCCAUCACCGUCGUCGAUGGCGUCCCUCUUCCCCCAGGCGAGGAGUUCACCGGCGUGAUACGCAGUCAGGACGUCCGUGCAACCGAGAAGGAUCGCGUCAAAAUCGGAGAUUCGUUUCGCGGCGGCGAUGUCGUUCGUACCCAGGUUAUAUCUCUGGGGGAUGCCCGCAGUUAUUUUGUCACAACUGCACGCAACGACCUGGGUGUCAUCUUUGCGACAAGCGAGGCUGGUAAAUGGGGCCGGUCACGUUUUGCCUUUGGGCGACUUAUUCACGACUUUGACUUCCUUAGGAGCUACGCUCGAGCCUGUUUCAUGGCAGGAGAUGCGCUGUCCCAAGACCGGGCGCAUCGAAAAGAGAAAAUGCGCAAAGCCAUUAGAUAUGCCGUAGUAGAAUUAAAUUCGAUUUCCAUUUGUUUAUCAAGUUCUUCCAAACUUGCAACUUUGUCCUCAACCACUGCUGCCACCUUUGCUGCGAGACCGGUCUCGCAAGCAACUGGGCCACUAAUGACCGCCGUGAUGUCUGCCACAGACGCCCUUCGUAAGGAUCGACAUAUGUCUCUCGACGACAACAAUAUCGGGUUCUCAUCGAACACGGAUUGGCAAGAGAAGUACAAUGAGGUCUUGGAUAUGCUCGCAGAAACCCGAGCAGAGCUCGAUGAAUUCCACCAGGCUAGUAAAGAACUGGAAGCUGAACUGGAAAGCGAGCUUGCUCGGACGGAAAAGUCUCAGCAAGAACUCCAAACGAAAGUCUCAAAGGCAGAGCACGAGCGUGAUGAAUGGAAGGGCAAGUUCAUUUCGCUUCAGACGACCCAUAAUACUAUGACGACCUCACUUCAGCGGGAGCUGGACCAGUUACGACAAGAGCAUCAGAAGACCAAAGUACAUCUAAGGGAAUUGGAAAUGGGAAACGAUGAUUUGGAGCGAAAUGAGCGCGCAGUCUCAUCAAGUUUGGCAGAUAUGGAGGCCAAAUACUCCAAAGCAUUGGAGGAAAAGAUCCUUCUCGAACAUGAGCUUUUGGAAAAGGCCACUGUUGAAGAAGACAUGCAACGUCUCAAGGAUGAAUUAAGAGACGCCAAUGUCGAAAUAUCUAUUCUAAGGGACCAGUUGAAAACCUAUACAUCAAGGCGCAGCUCAUCGUCUUCCUUGGCUAGAACAGAAGAAUCACGGCGUUCCGUUCUCUCGACAGAUGAUCUGCUUAAAACAACGCCUCCAUCUACCAUCGACUUGAACGACGCGCCGCCAGCCUUUGAUCCAUCUGCCAACGUCCUUACAACUCCCAAAGCAUCGUUAUCUCGCCCUGCCGUACCGUCGCCCUUCAUGCGAGCAUCCCAGCAAGAUAAACAGGAAAAACCCACUCCUUUGAGGAACUCUUCUAAUAUGAUUCGAUCAACCACCCUUCCUUCAUUCUCAUCCCCUUCUACCUCAAGCCCACGUACUUUAAUCAAACCAUCAACCUCACGCAACCCGACGACUUUGAGUACAACAUCUUCCACCGGGUCUGUCGCGAAGAAUAAAGGCGUUCAAAUGGUGUCAGACAUGCGGGCAAGAGUGCGUAAUUUGGAACAAAAGAUUCACACUCGGGUUCCUCGACUGCGUAUGGCUAGCAUAACUGGACGCUCAACGUUCACUCCAAGUGUAGCACCUCUCACCCCGGUAAACGGUACCAGUUCUUCUUCUUCACCCACCAAUGCCUCCACAGCGAAGACCAGCUUGGACUCUCAACGGAAAUCAGAGUCACGACAAAGUAAUGAUAGUGGAUCGGAUAUUUAUUCCAAGAAAGAUACUGGUGAUUCUUCUGGUUGGGUUCUCAUAAUGGAAGAUUCCCCAUCCCCCCAGAAAGAAGCUAAGCGGCUGAAAGAAAAGCGUAGGAUAUCAAAUCCAAGUGCACCAACAGCAUUCCGUCCUACUGCGUCUGCUAUUCACCGCCCCACGUCACCUUCCCUCAGCACUGGACCAAUGAAUCCAAUGGCUGCGAGCACGGGCCUACGGCGGCCGACUUCUAGAUUAUCAGGAGGAGGAGCAUCUUCGUCAGCAUCUUCAGCUUCCCGUCCACAAACACCAACAUUCUUACCAAUGCCUUCUAACAGUACUUAUGCACCUACUUCUUCUAUGAAACGGUCUACAGGUCCAGGUGCAUCAGGUGCUUACAACCAGUUGAAACGUUCCUCGCUUGGGAAAGCCCCGCCAGCCCCCGUUCCACCACUUCCUAGGGCAGUGCGUGAACGACCAGUAACUCUAACAGGAUAUCCAGGUGCCAUCCCUCGCGCCGCAUCUCCAGAGGUGUCAAAGGCGCUUCCUAGCCUUCCGGAUGAGUUGAUAUCAAAUGUGACCAUUCGACCCAGUUCGCGAGUCCCAGCUCCAACUUCUUCUACCUCGCUCCUCUCCAAAAGUCGGAUUGGACGGCCAAGCGGUGGUUUCAGCGGGCGCAAGAGUGGGGGAGGAGAAACCAGCAGUUCCACCGCUGCUCUAGAUAUCAAAGAUCUUGAAAGACCGCGCUCAUAG